GGAGUUGGUCGUAUCGGAGCACACGGCAACUCGGCUGAUGAGCCAGGCAGCGGGAAGCAGUCCACGCCGGGGUUAAGUUGAUAAUGCAGAGGUGGUGGACACGCCAAAAGGAGCAGGACCGAGGAAGGGAAAUCACUGAGGUGGGCAAAGCACUGUGGCCUUACGGACUGACCUCCAGCCUACCCCUCAGAGAGGGAGAGAUUGAAAAACCUGAGGGAGGGAAAUACAUUUGAUUAUCUUGACUGAAUCACCCCGAGAAGAAUAUUCAUGGACUAGACAGACAAUGGAGUGAUACGCAAAAGCCAAAUGUCUAGGUCCCUUCAUUUUGGCAGACUGAUAAAACAAUAAACCCUAAGAUGACUCUGCACUCCUGAAAGCUGUCACUGUCAAUCAUCUACUUAACCCAGUCAAACCAUUCUGAUUAAGAAACAGAGACGUGGAUAAGAUCCAAACUGUUGCAAUGUCUCCACCCUGGUUAAGUGGACUUAGAUGGACCACGUGUUAUGGUUCAUGUUCCCUGCUGGUUCUUCUCACUGUUUUUCUGGCCACAUUGGCAGCAAGACCCAAAGGACCAGGCCAUGUGCAUCUAAACUCCAUCCGCAUUGAUGGAGACAUUACUCUGGGAGGACUAUUUCCGGUUCAUGCACGAGGCCAUGGAGGAAAGCCCUGUGGGGAGCUAAAGAAAGAGAAGGGAAUUCAUCGUCUGGAGGCCAUGCUCUUUGCUCUGGACCGCAUCAACAAUGACCAUGAGCUGCUCCCCAACAUUACUCUGGGGGCCCGCAUUCUGGACACCUGCUCGCGGGACACUCACGCUCUGGAGCAGUCUCUCACUUUUGUCCAGGCGCUGAUAGAGAAGGAUGGAACGGAUGUCAAAUGUCCAGAUGGUGGAACACCAAUGAUCACCAAGCCUGAGAGAGUUGUAGGCGUCAUCGGUGCUUCCUCCAGCUCUGUGUCUAUCAUGGUGGCUAACAUCCUCCGUUUGUUUAAGAUCCCCCAGGUGAGCUACGCUUCAACAGCACCAGAGUUGAGUGACAACACACGGUAUGAUUUCUUCUCUCGAGUGGUUCCUCCAGACACCUACCAGGCCCAGGCCAUGGUGGACAUCGUACGCUUUAUGGGCUGGAACUACGUCUCCACUGUAGCCUCUGAGGGAAAUUAUGGGGAAAGUGGUGUUGACGCCUUCAUCCAGAAAUCCCGUGAGGAUGGAAAUGUGUGCAUCUCACAGACAGUUAAGAUCCCUCGUGAGCCAAGAGUAGGAGAGUUUGACAAGAUAAUCCGUAACCUGGGUGAAAACCCCAAUGCCAGGGUGGUUAUUAUUUUUGCGAAUGAAGACGAUAUAAGGCGACUCCUGCAGGCAGCAAAGAAAGCCAAUCAAACAGGCCAUUUCAUCUGGGUGGGAUCAGACAGCUGGGGCUCGAAGAUCUCUCCUGUGCUGCAUCAGGAGGAGAUGGCUGAGGGGGCGAUCACCAUCCUGCCCAAACGGCAGUCCAUCAAAGGGUUUGAUAAUUAUUUCAUCGGUCGAACUCUGGAGAACAACCGGAGGAAUGUCUGGUUUGCUGAAUUCUGGGAGAACAAUUUCAACUGCAAGCUCAACCGCCACGCCUUCAAGAAAGGGUCUGGCGUUAAGAAAUGCACAAAUCAAGAGCGGAUUGGGAAAGAGUCAGCAUAUGAGCAGGAGGGCAAGGUGAUGUUUGUGAUCAACGCUGUUUACGCCAUGGCCCAUGCACUCCAUAACAUGCACAAAGACCUGUGUCCUGGCAAGGUGGGACUGUGCUCCAAAAUGGAUCCUGUUGAUGGAACCCUCCUGCUAAAGUACAUCCGCAAAGUCAACAUCACAGUCACAGCUGGCAAUCCAGUGCAGUUCAAUGAGAAUGGAGAUGCCCCGGGCCGUUAUGAUAUCUUCCAAUACCAGCUAGCUAACCAAACAGCUGAGUACAAAAUCAUUGGCAGCUGGACUGACAAGCUCAACCUUAACAUGUCGAUGGUGCAGUGGCCAGGUGGUGUACAGCAGGUGCCCUCCUCCACCUGCAGCCAACCCUGCAAGCCAGGCUGGCGCAAGAAGAUUGUGAAGGGCAUCCCUUGUUGCUGGCACUGCGAGCGCUGCGACGGCUACCAGUACCAGGCCGACGCGUUCACCUGCAAGACGUGUCGCUUUAACAAGCGGCCCAACAAGAACCACACGGAAUGCCUGCCAAUCCCCAUCAUCCAGCUGGAGUGGAGCUCACCUUGGGCGGUCAUACAGGUCCUCAUUGCUGUCCUUGGCAUAAUGGCCACCUUGUUUGUGGUGGUCACCUUCAUACGCUAUAAUGACACCCCGAUCGUAAAAGCAUCCGGACGGGAACUGAGUUAUGUCCUGUUGACAGGCAUCUUUCUGUGCUAUGCCACCACUUUCCUGAUGAUUGCCACUCCUAGCAUUGGGGUUUGUUCAUUCCGUCGCAUAUUCCUUGGCCUUGGAAUGAGUAUAAGCUACGCUGCAUUGCUAACCAAAACAAAUCGCAUUUACCGUAUUUUUGAGCAGGGGCAGGUGUCAGUGAGCGCCCCGAGGUUCAUCAGUCCAGCGUCCCAGUUGGUGAUCACUUUUAUCCUGAUCUCAGUCCAGCUCGUAGGGGUGUGUAUUUGGUUCGUGGUGGACCCUCCGCAAACCUUUAUUGACUACGAGGAUCAGCGCAUGUCUAACCCUGAGCUAGCGCGGGGUGUGCUCAAGUGUGACAUCUCAGACUUGUCGCUCAUUUGCUUGCUGGGGUACAGCAUGCUGCUGAUGGUCACAUGUACCAUCUACGCCAUAAAAACGCGCAGGGUGCCAGAAACCUUCAACGAGGCAAAGCCCAUCGGCUUCACCAUGUACACCACCUGCAUCAUCUGGCUGGCCUUCAUCACUAUCUUCUUCGGCACAUCACAGUCACUGGAAAAGAUGUACAUCCAGACAACCACUCUGACCGUCUCAGUCAGCCUGAGUGCCUCUGUGUCUCUGGGGUUGCUCUACAUGCCUAAAGUCUACGUAGUGCUCCUCCACCCUGAGCAGAAUGUGGCCAAGCGAAGCACUCGCAGCCUGAAAGCCGUGGUCACUGCUGCCACUAUGUCCAACAAGUUCAACCCCAAGGGCGGCCUGCGGCCCAAUGGAGAGGCCAAGACUGAGCUGUGCGAGAACCUGGAAACUCAAGGACUCAGCCCCAAACAGACCUACAUCAGCUACAGCAACCAUGCAACCUAACAAAGUGAAAAUGAGAAGAAAAA